AUGUCUGAUCCACUAGCUCAGGAGCCCUACGAAGCCAACCUCAUCAGGCUUUACAAGGGUCCAAAGAACCGCAAAGGACGUUAUGUGCUGAAUGUCAUCUUAGUGCCCGAAGCCCGCUCCGAUGUUGGCCUAGACUGGGCCGCAAAUAAUGGGGAACCAUGGCCUAGCACGUUCUUCAAGUCUGUGACGGAGCACAUUCAAAUUUUUGAAUUCGCCUAUAACGCAGACCUUCGAUCAAGGUUCUCAUGGACGACGUUCCUGGAUCUCGGAAGUUCUUUCGUUGAUUGUAUUACUGCGUCGAAUGAGCAGCUUGAUGAAAGCGCAUUUGUUAUAGUCGGCCACGGUCUUGGAGGGCUCAUAGUCAAACAGGUCCUCGUGUUACUAGAAGAUCGAUUGUACAAUCCAGCAUUGGCUCGCCUGAACGAUCUCUUAUUUGGGAUCAUUCUACUUGGUACACCGCAUCCCAAACAUGGCGAGAGUGCAGAUAAGAUGGACGCUCUUCUCAGCUCUAUUCAGCCGCUUCAUAAGAAACGCCUCGAGAAGAUCCGGGAAGAAUUUGCAGCAGCGUGCGCACUUUCACUUAAAUUCGACGGCCUCGCCACAGGUCGCCCGGUAUGGAUUUUGUCAGAAUCAAAGCCUACGAAAUAUUCCUCGCAGGGAAUUUUCAAGGCCAAGUCCAAAGUAAUCGUGGAUGCAGCAUCUUCUGCGACCGCAUUGGGAACAGACAGAGCCUUCCAACUCGAAGUCAAUGCUAAUCAUCAGACCAUUUGCAAACUAUGGCCUAAUAUGCCUUUACUUGACCAUAUACGCGAAACACUCCGGUCUUCAUUGACUAAUUUCGAAGUUAGCUCCGCACUAAUGUCAGAUGACUUGACGAACAGUAGAAGGGCAAGGCGGCUCUUCGGGAGUGUGACCACUGGCACAGCUCUUGCCAAGUCAGUGUCUGGCGAGACUUCUGAAAUCACGCGCAAUAGAAGCCCUGCUAUAGCGACCGCAGGAUCUAAGGACAUCACAACAUACGAUGUAAUAUCAAAUCCUUCCGACGCCGGCCCAGUUAGCUUUCUCCCAGGCGUGAAACUGCCUUGCCAUAUGCUAGGACCUCCGACGCAAGACUGCUUUGGACGCGACCGUGUACUUGGACUCUUGGCGGAACAUCUCCUGCCUUCAAAAAAGGAUGCUCAAAGAGCUUCCGAACUUCGGUCAUUUGCCAUUUGUGGUCCAGGUGGUGUAGGAAAAACCACAAUUGCGAAGGCCUUCAUUGACAAACAUAAGCAAGACUUCGAUGCCAUCUUCUGGGUUGGAUCUGAAACUGAAGGCAAGUUGUCAUCAGCAUUCAACUCCAUAGCUGCUGCACUCGGUCUUCUAGAGCCAGUCGACUUUGGCAAUUCCGUUAUCAGUAGAAACAGAUUGCUAGAUUGGCUCUCUAAUCCACUGAAGCAAUCCCGUGGGACGGAAGAAACAGAAGACUUGCCACCAAGCUUAGAGUCGAUGGCCAAUUGGCUCCUCGUUUUUGACAACGCCGAUGAUCUCGUGACAUUGACCGAGUAUUGGCCCAUCAACGGAGUGGGCUCCUUACUUAUCACCAGUCGAGAUCCAUUGGCAAAAAGACAUAUGUACUCGGGUGACGGAAUCGAUCUCGAAGGCUUCGAUUCUGAAAAUGCCGCUGCGUUCUUACAACAUCUUGCUAAAGGGAAGUUCGAACUCAAUCAUAACGAUAUAGUCCGCCUGGCAAAUCGUAUCCAGGGUCUACCAGUCCUGCUCGUCGCGAUUACAUCUAUGAUGGAAGCGCUAGAGCUUUCCGCACAGGAGUUUCUCGAGUAUUACGAAGAACGACAGUUUCAGUCUGAUAUUUACAAACUCAAAAUUGAAGAAAGUGACAAAGGCCUGCAGCGGAGUUUCUUUGAUAUCCUAGCCUUUGAAAAUUUCGAUGUGCAGGCGCUGCGUUUGCUGGAAAUGCUGUCUUUGCUAGACCCUGACAGCAUCCCGGAGUUCCUACUUUUACCGCAGAAAGAGGACAUUGAGUUGCCUGACCAAUACCCAAGGACCAAGACAACUUACGAAGCUGCGCGAAACUAUCUUCAAAGACGUUCGCUCAUCAGUCGAAAUAUGGACAAACAAGAAUUGACCAUCCAUCGGGUCAUUCAAGAGUCUGUUCGGGCGCGGAUGUCAGACAAGGACUUGCAUGACACACUGCAAGGAGCCAUCAAUCUUGUAACUCUAGCUUGGUCGCCUACUUCCGGUAGAUGGGACUAUGUGAUGGAUAGGUGGUCACAGUGUGGAAUCAUUUUCCCACACAUCGAAGCACUACGGGAUGAGUUCCUGAAAUUUCCGGACGAGCUAUUCGGUCGAGAUGAGAGACUGAAGGUUGCCAAAUUGUUGAUUGAAGCUGGAUGGUACCACUUCGAGAAAGGCAACAUCGAAGAGAUUAUUCCAUUCAUUGACCCGACGUUCAAUCUCAUCGAGAACGAUGAUGAGGAAAGAGCUCAAACAUUAGGCGAUGCACACUUUUGCCUUUCAUCCGCCUACCUCUGGCUCAGAGACAUUGAAAAGCAGCACUUCCACGCUGAGAAAUGCUGGGAGCUGCGCAAGGUUCUAGCACCCAAUGGCGUCGAUGAUCUUCCGCCAUUAGGUGUCUCUCAUCCUUUGUGCAUCGCAUAUGACGAGACUGCACGGUACUAUUACGACCGAAGGGAGCUGGAAACUGGGCUUGCAAUCACAGCAAAUUCUGUCAAAAUGAACGAGAUUCACGAGGCGGGGCGUGGGGAGCCUCAUGAAAUCGCGAUCGGGACGUACAUUGGAACAUGGCCGCGGUACACGUCUGCACUUGCUUUAUACCUUUUGAACCGACUUGAUGAGGCCGAGGCCAUGAUCAUGUCACUCUACCGCAAGCAUGAGAAGUUCUAUGGGCUCUUAAACACCCGCAUUUUCAAAACGGGCGUCUCGCUAUCCGCACUCAGCUUGAUUAGGGCCGCCCAAGGACGAUGGGACGAAAGCUUCGACCUUGCUCAGAAAACGCUUCAGCAGUACAAACAGACGAUCGGCGACAACCAUUUCUAUACUGCAAGCGCUCAAGUUAAAGUAGGAGAGCAUUAUACCAGGUUGGGUGAUUUGGGACAAGCUUGGUGA